AUUUUAUAGGAGGGGUUUUCAAGUUCUUCGUGCGAACCCCGACGACGAAAUCAUUCCAUCCAGCCGUCGAAGCCGUGUUCUCGGGGGUUUGGGAUUGUGAUUUUGUAUAAAUCUCUAAAGUUUAUGUGCCAACAACUAUACAAAACAAAGAUUCGAACGAGCUGACUGCUAAGCUGCUCCCAGGAUCUGCCGAGCCCGCAUUAUCUGUGAUAUACAGCUCAGCCUCUCGUCCGUCCUAUAAGGGCUGGGCCACUUGGGGCAAGCAGGCAAGUCCUAAGCAGCUUCCAGCGGUGACCUCCCCUGACCUCUGUCACAGAGGCAAAAACACUGCUACCUGCUUAUUGACUGCAUCACUACGAACCAUUGUUACUUAGUCUAUAAUUGAAACAAUAUGCAAUCUGUGAAAAUAAGUAUAAUAUUAGGUGGAUAUUGUAGAAAAUUAUUCUAUUUAUAAUAAUUGUCUGAUGUCUAAUGUUUCUGUAAUAUUAUGUGUUCCACAUCUAAUUAAGGAUAAUUGUUACUCCAAUAUUGAUACUGUUACCGUACCAAUGCAAUGUAAUUACUCCACCUCCAAGUUGGCGGUGAACACAAAUAAAUUUGGUGCUUUUGAGCGAGUCGAUGACAAGAAUGAAAGUCAGCGAGUUAGUGUAAAAAUGAUAGAUAAUAAUAUUUAUAAUGUAGAAUUUGUUGAUAGUACCCAACAAAACCAAAUGAUUGGCGAUACGCCUACCUACUGCAUUCCUUUAAUGAUUAACGCCAUAACAGUCCAGGGUAUCUCAUACAGUGACCCGUAUUUCAGUAGCUUUAACUUAAAGUAUAAGAUGGCGUUUGGAGCGCCAGAGUAUAUGAACAAGUCUGAUUACGCUUUUAAAUCUUCAGUUUGUAUUAAACGAGAUGAGCCUUGCGAGUCGAAACUAUUUAACGAAAAGUCUGCUCAUAAUAUUGUAUGCAAAACGAAAACUCGAAUGAUCACUUACGACGACAAGUUAAGUACACAUCAUGACAAUAAUGGAGUCGGCAAGAGGACCUCAGCUAUGAGGCAGUUUGCUGAUGGAGAUCUCACAUUGGACGCUAUGUUGGAGCUGACCAAGAACGAAGAGCGAAUGACGAAAGCGAUGAGGAAGGAUCAACUGGACAGUUGGGGUGUUCCGCGGAUACUGCGCCUCCGCGGUGGAGGCGAGAGCUCCCUUAAUGCGGCGACGGGCUGGGGAAGCCCGCCGGCCAAUAAUAGCGCUGGGAAUUGGGGCGGAAACUCCAGCGGUCAAACAAAUAAUGGAUCUAACAAUACUCAACAAUGGAAUAACACGGCUCAACGCCCGCCUACUUCCCAAGCCGAUAUGAACAGCAAUAAGGGCAAUGGCAACCAAAUGCCGCCGACGAGUGCAGCCUCAGGGCAAAAUUGGCAGAGUUCCCCACCAAACAUGCCAAAUUCGCAGCCUAACAACAACGGUGCGCCCGCAAAUAACGGCACUAACAAUGGUGGCAAUGGUAACAAUGGAGGCACGAACCAGCCAAAUGCAGCUGGUAAUGCUAACGGACCCUCACCUAACGGGAAUAAUGGAAAUUCUAUGACUGCUUCAUCUGCAAAAAUUGAGCAGCUCAAUUCUAUGAGAGAGAUUCUUUACAGUCAAGAUGGAUGGGGUGGUCAACAUGUGAACCAAGACACCAACUGGGAUGUACCUGGGUCUCCUGAACCAGGUUCAAAAGUUGAGCCAACUGCUGGGGGACCAGCAUGGAAGCCAAACGUUAAUACUGGUGCUUUUCUCGGUACUGAUCUGUGGGAAGCAAACCUUAGAAACGGAGGCCAGCCGCCACCUCAGCCGGCCGCCAAAACUCCAUGGGGACAUACGCCCACCACCAACAUUGGUGGUACUUGGGGUGAAGACGAUGAUACGGCUGAUUCAGCCAAUGUGUGGACCGGACCGCCUCCACAGCAACAAUGGCCUGCUGGACCGCCUCAACACGCUCAGCAAUGGGGAGUGCCUAAGAAAGAUGAUUGGAAUGCUUGGGGCGAACCCCACAGGCAGGCCGAUCCACGAUUGGACCCCCAUCGCACUCCGGACCUACGUCAGCAGUCUUCCGACCCCCGCCACGAUUUGCGCGGAGGAAUCUCUGGCCGUCUGAACGGCGACAUGUGGAGCCAGCAUCACCAACACGCCGGCGGUCCCAACAAAAUGAUGCCGGCAGGCGCUGUCAACCAGUGGGGAGCUCAGGGUCCCAAAGACACCAUGAAGGGCUCAGGCUGGGAAGAACCAUCACCCCCGGCGGCGCGGCGUGCCGCUGGCGGUUUCGAUGACGGCACGUCCCUCUGGCAGCGCAGCGGGAUGCCCGGCAUGGCUGGUCGCGGGGCUCCACAAGGCCCGCCCGUGGCACAGCGUAUACCGCCCACACCCACCAAGCCAGACGGCGUAUGGGGAGCACAUGGGCAAAGAAACGGCACCUGGGAAGAGCCUCACGCUCCAGGAUGGCCCGAGCGCGACGCGAACCCUGGAUGGCCUGAUGCGGCGGCUGGACCCGCACUGUGGUCUGUUCCGAAACAGAAACCGGGCCCGGGCGGAUGGCCCGAUGACAUUGGUGAAUGGGGUGGACCAAAGCCACCCCAGAGCGGCCCGCUUGGGAAACAGAUCCCGAAGGAACUUAUUUGGAAUAGCAAGCAAUUUAGGGUGCUCGUUGAGAUGGGUUUCAAGAAAGAGGAGGCCGAAGCCGCGCUACGUAGCCGCGACAUGAACACUGAAGAGGCUUUGGAGAUUUUAACCAGUGCUCGCGGGGAGCAAUGGCGCCGCGACGAACAGUUCCCAGGCCACCACGGACCUUUCCAACCCCCUCCUUCGGUACCAGCCGUGUCUCCGGCUGUGGUACAGAAAUUGCUGAACCAGCCACCACCUCAGGCUGUGCAGCAUCAUCAUUCUUAUCCUAACAGUGGUACCGGCAGUGGCCAACCCAGUGCAGCUCAACUACGCAUGCUCGUACAGCAAAUACAAAUGGCUGUGUCAGCCGGCUACCUCAACCAUCAAAUCCUCAACCAGCCGCUUGCUUCACAGACUUUGGUCCUGCUCAAUCAGUUAUUGCAGCAGAUCAAAGUACUGCAGCAAUUGACACAGAGUUCAUUGACCAUGUCCAAAGGCAACACGUCGCUUGCUCUGCAAUACACCAUGCAAAUUACCAAGGCCAAACAACAGAUUGCGGCUUUACAGAACCAAAUAGCGACACAGCAAGCAUUAUUCAUGAAACAGCAAGCGGGUGGUGGAGACAUCUUCAAACAAAGUCACGAUCCACUUGCUCAACUGCAGAACAAUUUUAGCGAUAUGGGUAUCGCUAAGGAGUCUCAAGGGGCCUAUGGAGCCAGUGGAAACCAACAAUCUCGUCUCAACCAGUGGAAGCUGCCUUCGUUGGACAAGGACGGCGAAGGGUCAGAGUUUAGUCGCGCUCCGGGCACUGCCAAAUCUACAACCAGCCCUCAAUUGAACCAGCUUGAUUCGACUUGGGGCGUGGGUCGCGGCGAAGGCUGGGGCGACAGCGGCGCGGACGUCGCGGACGGCAAGGACGCGUGGCCGGCGCAUCCCUCGCACCAGCCCGUCUACGACCUCGUGCCUGAGUUCGAGCCCGGGAAGCCCUGGAAGGGCAACCAGAUGAAGAGCGCGGAGGACGACCCGGCUAUGACCCCAGGCUCGGUGGUGCGCUCGCCGCUGUCGCUGGCCGCCAUCAAGGACACCGACAUGCUCGGCGGGAAGACUUCGCCCCCCGGCGAGAGGCUGCUGUCUUCCUCCACCUGGAGCUACGCCCCGCCAGCCACCAGCGCCGGUCCUGGCGUUGGUAGCGGCGGCUUGAAGGCCGGCGCUGACGCGUGGUCGGGCUCCAAGCCGCGCCCCGCGCCGCCCGGCCUCAACAAGGCGUGGCCGCAGCACAGCGCGCCGCGCGUGCCCAGCUGGCAGGCGUCCACCUGGCUGCUGUUGAAGAACCUCACUGCUCAGAUUGAUGGGUCCACUCUCAAAACACUGUGCGUUCAGCACGGCCCACUACAAAACUUCCACUUGUAUUUGAACCAGGGCUUCGCUCUCGCCCGUUACUCUACUCGUGAAGAAGCCGCUAAGGCUCAAAUGGCUCUAAACAACUGCGUGUUGAGCAACACCACUAUCUUCGCGGAGUCCCCAGCGGACUCGGACGUGCACAUGAUUCUGCAGCACCUCGGCAACGGCGGCGGCGGCGGCUGGCGCGCCGGCGGCAAGGACUGGGCCUUCCCCACUCUGUGGCCCGACCACGACCAGCGCGCCACGCCCUCCUCGCUCAACUCCUUCCUCCCGCCGGACCUACUCAGCGGUGACACCAUCUAAUUUGAACCAGUAGAUGGCGCUCUCUCGGAUUUCUAAAUUACCGACAGACGGCGCCGUUGUUUUAGUGCGCACUCGUCGCGUUGCUGAAGUUGAGCUGUUUCGCCGCCGGUUUGAAUGGACUGAUAAAUAACGAAUCCGGCGACGCUUUUAGUAUUCUACGGAGAUGUUGAAUCGUUACGAGUGCGCCCUAGAUGGUGUAGUUCGCUUCGUUGGAAGUGUACAUUUGUAAUUACGCUUUACGCCCCCGGGGGCAGACUAAUAUAAUUUAAUUCGCCUACUAGUCAGAUCGUGCCGGGCGCGCCGUACUCGCCGCAGCACGGCGCGGCCGCAGUAGCCAACUGUCCACAAUACUAUUAUCUACUGUGUUGUAAGUGUUCAUGUAGAAUAUUUAGUGUACAUAAGAAUAUACAUAUACAAGCAGACAUAUAAUGUAUCGACAGCUAUGCUAUCUAUAGAACGCGGCGGGGUCGCCGAGUGAGACCCGCUUCGCCGCCGCGACAGGACCCGCUCGACUCCUGUAUAUCUACCAAAUAAUGUAGGUACUUGUAGAGUAUUGCGUCGCGGGCUACCUCAGUCACUCGUCCCGUGGCCUUAUUUUAGUGUGUAUUUAUUUUGUUGCGCUCGAGGGCUGUUGCUGUUUCGCCCUCAGAGCUGUUGCGUUCCGAUUUUUCUUUUUUCGUGUUCGUUUUUUUUAUUUUUCUCGUUUUAUCCAUACUGAACGUAUUUUAAUUAUUUAUUCUAUUUUUGAAUUCUCACUCGCGUUAAGCUUUCGGUUUCCAAUAGUGAUAUUUUUAUUCAGCAAUAAACGUGUAAGUGCAUUUCGCUAACAAAACGUUUUAUAAUUAGUUCGUAAUUUUUAUAAAGUUAACAAAAUUUUGAAAUGAUGAGAUUCGAAGUGCAUUCUUGUAGUGGUAAAUUCCUUUUAAGCCGUAUAGUCUGAGAUGGAAAUGUUCGCGCGGCGUGGGCGACGCGGCGCCAUGUGAUGUAGUUCUUGCCUAACGUAAGGAAAUCUAUUUUGUUGACGCCCGGCCGCGCCGGCCCAGAGCCGACCUCGAAUUUCCCCAAAUUAUUUCCAGUAUUUGUGAUUCAAGUGCCACUUUAUGUUUAAUAUAUGAAUCGAUUAUCUAGAAUAUACGAUUAAUAUAAGGGUAACCUAAUAUAUUAAAUUGAAAAUUGUUUUAUCAUUUUAUAUUACAUACAUUUGUGAGAAGUGUUAUAAUAAAAGUACUAUGACAGUAAUUUAAAUAUUACACUUUUGUGUAUAGGUAAGAAUAAAGUUCUAACUUAAAUUUAGCCAUAUCAAUAUCUAUUUAAUAAAAGAUUUGUGGUAUUUUCUAUAGGCUCAAUUUGAACGUUAUUCAAAGUGACAUAUGCUUUAGAUAUUCUGUUAAUAAUAUACUUGUAGUCGUAGGAUCUGUGUCGGUAUUACAUCAUUGUAGAUAUAAGUUAGAGUGUAAGCCCUAUCGUAGGUUUCUAUAAGCAUACUGCUGAUAUUUACGGCAACGAUCGCACGUUAAAUGUUCGAAAGUUUAUUUACAUUUUUAUUUACUUUUUAAUUUAUUAAUGGUGUGCCACAGAGAUACUCUGCCAAACUAUAUCAUUACCAAUAUAUUCGGGAUAGCUGGGAAGCUGCCCGCGCCCUGACGAGACUCCGCUUUCGGUCACCGCGAUCGAUCACAAAAAGCGAAUUACUAUAAUUAUAUAAUGUACAUUUUAUCUGUAUUUCAUGCAUCUUCCAGUGAUCUUACGAUCUAAACAUAACGAUUUAGUGUUAAGUUAGGUGUAAGUGAUCGUACCUUGCCGGGCCUCGCGCUCGGAAACUCUUCACAAACUAAUGGAUUAAGUUAGGAUCGCGAUGUUGGAUAUAUUCGUGCGUUAUAAACUUUUAUCGCUUUGGACCUGUAGUAGUUCUAGUGUUAACUAAAUGUUUCGAUGUAUCAUGUGUUCAUUUAGAAACAAAAUUAGCAUUUGUCAUUACUACCUUAUUAUCUAUAGGGACCGAGUUUAUUCUAUUUACGUGAAUUGCAUGUUCUCCGUUGCCUUAGCAUGAAGUACGUUAACCACGAUUUUGUUCAACGCGGGACUUUCACUUUUUCUAUACCAAAUUUUGUAUCACAAUAGCGAAAUGGCACAAUAUAUUAAAUACACCAACUUAAUUUCGCCUUUCGACGGGGCCAUAAUUAUCGAUGUUAGAUUGCCAAAGAGUGUGUAUCAAAGAUAGAUGUCAGGAACAGCAUUGCAUCUGUGCUUGAAUGGCGUUUCUUCCAAAUUAUUGAAAUUAGUUUCGCGGUACGGGUUUUUGAUCUGAUGUUCCUAUAUCAUUCGUGUUACGUCUAUACAACAAUAGCGCACGCAUACAAACAGGCAAUGUCAAUUCUAUUGUUGUCGAGCUCAAUUUAUGUGAGGGUGUUUCUUUUUACUUGUUUAAUAAACUAAAUAAAAAACAAAAAAAAAAAAUAAAAUAAAAAAAAAAUGUUAUUUUUAAAAUGAUAUUGUUCUGUCCACCUCUACACCGAUAUUUCGAAAUGACUCGAUUUCAGUAGUUUACUGGUAUAAUGUGAAUUUAAUGCAGCAAUAAAUAUAAUUUAAUUUUUAUAUAAAUUUUCCAUUUUUAAAGUUAGACAAGCCGAGUAAACGGAAAGUAUAAUGAUCCAGUGCCCUGUAGAAUAUGUUGUCCAAUAGAAUAAAGACGAAAGAAGUCAUGCCUUGAAAUUUUUUAGUCAGUUAAUGUAAACAGUACUUAAAUAAUGGAUAUAUUAUUGUAUGGACAUAAUGUUUAGGCGUUGUGGUAUAAUGGUGUUAGGUCUUGUAGGAGCGGCGUGCAAGUCGUGUGCGUUACCGCUUGCAGAGUGCAAGCGUCGACGCUCGCGGCUGGCACGAAUGGUGACGUCAGGGCUUGCGUCUAGCGCCACCGCUAGCGUCAGCGUUUGUUCCAUCGUCAGGGUUUGCGUAUGGCACUUGUGCCAGCGUAGGUACUGCGAGCCGUUCCGACAGCAAGGUUGUGAGAGGCGGCGACCACAAGCCGCCGCGUUUUCUGAAUCUCCUCUUGGUUCAAUGACUGCAUCAUUUCCUGCACACAGUUGCGCCACGUGCAAUUUAGUCUGUGUUAUUAUUAUGUUGUUGUAUAUUUAUAUCCUACGUCUAUUCUGUAAUAUGUAUAUAUUGUGAAAUUUAUAUUCGUAAAAGAUUAAAUACGCUUCACGCUUCACUUUUAACAUUUUUCGUGACUUGUUUCUGUUAUUUAGAAUAAAUUUACGUACCUAAAAGUAAUUAUAAUAACUAUCAUAGGUGUAAAUGUAAGAAAAAUAAUAAAAAAAAAAACAAAAAAAAAUGAAAAAAAAAUAUAAAAGCAAUUAAAAUAAACCAAUGAUUGUGCCUCAAUGAACUGUGGUACGUUACCGUAACCGAUGGCAGGUGUAAUCGUUUCCUUCAAAAGUUAUGAUAAUGAAUUGUGCGCUAGGCACCGCUCGUCGCUCGUGCGUGACAUCCGUAGACAAUAUAAGGCUGCGAGCAGCGGGCCUGGGCCCUCGCCUUGUGUAAUCAUUAAUGAGCUUAGCUAUGUUUUACUUUUAUUGUAAGUGUUAUGUCAUCAAUCAGCAUUUUAUAUAAAUACCAACAUAUGUGUAAAUAAUUUUAUAUAUUUAUUUUUGGUUUUCAUGAAGUUUACCCGAAUUUAACGUUUAAUUGAGUUGAUUGCUUUUUCUUGUCAGGUACGUUAUAUAAAUCACGUUGGUUUUCAAUUAUUCCAUAACACUCCAAUGCCAAAGUCGAUGUCUAUGCCAUUAAACGACUAUUAAUGUUCUUAGAUAAUCUGCGUGGAUCUCGGACAUCACAACAAACUAUUGAUCGUACAAAUGGGAGCCAUUUAUUUUAAAAACAACCGCCGCUGAGGUCGUUGUUCCAUCCAAGCUGCUCUGGUACUUAGCUCAAGUAUUCAAAUAGUAGUUUGCUCAUAAUAUUGUUGUUAAUUUUAAUUUGUUUAUUAUCUUUAGGACGCGGCGCGCGAUCGCAGACGCCCCUCUUACGGACAGCAUUUUAAAUGUAAAAGUACUACAAGUUCAGAAACAUCGAUAAUACUGCAGUCGCGAGUCGCGCUCUAUGAUUUAUAUAAAUUCUAAAGUUAUUUUAAACGUCAAUUAGCUUGUAAUCUUGUAACGGACCAUUAUUGCGUCUUAUUGGCGGAUGACAGCGUUGCAUGCUGUCACAGUUUCACGUUCUAAUCUUGUUUGUACAGCAUAUCUCGCGAUUGUUGUCACCCUACUUGAACGCGACCUACAAUUCCAGUAUAUGAGAUCGUUUAGUUGAUACGUGUCUACUGACAACGAUUUUUAUCAUAAUUCCAAUAUAUCUAGUAGGGUGAUCACUAUAUUUUAAUAGUAUAUUACGUUGAUAUUUAUUUUAUAAUAAUCAGAAAUGCACUGUACUUUACAACCGGCACAUGUUACUUAUUUCUAUACUACACUCGGAUUUAGGGACCAAAACUUAAGGCUUAUUAUAAUUUUACGCCGAACAGUCGUUUCGAUUGAUCGAUUCAUACUAAAAGACAUUCACAUUUCCCAUUGUUAAUAUUUUUCCGUCGCAUAAAUCUUAAUGACGAAGUUAUAACUAGUGAUAGUGUACAUACAAUAUCAGGAUGGCCUUUUUAAUUUGAUAAGGUUAAAGUUUUGCUUGUUGUCUUUAUUUAUAUAUAUUUUUGUACGUUCCGUAGUUGGCGUAGUGCGUACGGAUACAAUAGCGCGUUAGGUGAUAUCGACAAAGAAACUAGUCUUCCUUAUGAGGGACGUGACGGUGGCGGAGAUGCGACGUCGGCACAAGAGGCAAUCAUUCCUCUAGUCUUGUUAUGUGGUGCGUUAAGUGAAUACCAAAUAUAAAAUAACGAAGGCUUACGUAGUGUAGAGGUUAUGAUAGACCGCCCGAGCAGCUUGGACCCUGUCAAAUGUUACAAGGGAAUGGUUGGUUAGUAUUAUUAUAAUGCAUUUAUUUCUCUUUUUAUCAUAGUCACUCAAGCAUAUAUUUUUAAUUAAUUGAGCUAAUGCCUAAAAUUGGAAUAUCAGAGUUUAUUUAGGAUGUUUAAUAUUUUACAUUUUAGUGUUUAAAUAUCUAAAAUUUACCUUAAUUAUAGUGAAUGGAUUUUUGUAUUAUUGGUAUAUAGCUGUAAGUCAAAGGGUGUUCUUGAUAACACAACUGAUUAAUACAAAAUAAAAAAAAUUGUACUGAGUGACUUUACGUGUAAACCGAGGGCCAUUGAUAAAAAUGUUGAACUAAGCUAAAUUCUCUAUAUGGUAAUUUAACUAAAUGUGAUUGCUGAGAAUAUUUUUAAACUGCUAUAUGUAUAGUUGUAGAUCAGUAAGUCGCAAUUAAUGUUCGCCUGCCAAGUACGGGUGUACUUGGGGGCGGCAUGCAUCGUGCACACCCAUGUUGCUUGCUACUCCGAGAGGCUUCACUCGGCAACCUACUACACGAACGAUUCAGUGUAACCGCAUUUGAUCCGGUCUAUCAGCAUAUAGUUAUGUAUAUAUGUAUGUGUAUCAGGGCCAACCCCCCACCCGACAGUUAAUUGAUGCAGUAGACUCACUGCUCACUAACUACAACACUGCUUCUCUAGUCUCCCUCGCAUUCAACCAUUGCUUUAAUGAGCUACGUUGACGAGCAUAAUUAACAAUCAUAUCCUAAUGACUCUAGUUUAUAUUCGUAUUAUUCUUUCAUUAGAUCUCUGUUGUACCUGUGUGAAAUUGUUUAUAAUCAAUAUUCAUGUACUGUAAGAGAACUGGUCUCGACUCGACGUCGCCGUUGCUUGAUAUUGAUAUACGUAAUCGCGUAGUACUAUACUAAUGACCAAAUGUUCCGUUCGAAAACGAUAACCUCUCAAUAUAGAUAGAUAUCUUUGUCUAUUGGCGUCAAAAAUACUCUGCGGUCUUAAAUUAGUCACUUUUGUACCUUGAUUGUACUUGAAUAAUAAUCUAGUAAGUGAGGACGACUAAUCCAAUUCUGAAAUAUACUUAAUUUAAAUUUUGACAGACUGAUAUCUGUGAUUAAGAAAAUAUUUUUAAUAUUGUCCAGUGCGUCGGAUAAAUAAUUAUUUUAUUAGAGAUUUCCUACUGCCGCCGGCACUUGUCUGUGACGAGACACAACGCUUUGUGUAUUUUUUACUUUAGUAGUGUAUCGAUGGAAACUAAUUUGAUAGAGCACGUAGCUGUGACACCCGCCAGUACGUGGGUUGAACGCGGCUAUGGGCCAGCUUUUGAACCCCACCACGUUGAGUAGCUACCUAUCCCAAUGAACGCAGAGGAAGCAAGAGUGUGUAACUGUAACGCGUUACGCGUACAGAGACUGACAUAUAAUUGAUAAAACGAAAUUGUUAUCUAUACCACCGAAGUCAUCUGAAACUUGUUUUCCUUAAUAUUUGAUCUUGAACGUUGCAUAUCGACUACAUUUCUAAUUCGAAUUAUUUUGUUGUAUUCAUAUCCGUAAAUCCCAUAUGAAUUAAGUUAAAUAUAAAAAUCUUAAGUUAUCAUAAUAAUUGAAACUAAAUUGAAUGCCUGUAGUGUCGUAGUGAGUGACAUCUCUAAAUUAAAUAGAGAAAUACAAAAUUGGCGUUGUUAAUAAAUGAAAGUAAUAUUUUUCGGUACCACCUUUGAGUUAAAGUACAACGUAGUUAUAAAUGUUUCAUUGACGUAUGUAUUCAUUGUAACAAUAUCAGGAUAAUGCUAAUCGAUAAGUUAGAGUAGGAAUAAGCUGUCUCGUCUCACAUUACACCAAUUAAUAAUUAUUCUCCUCGAUAUUUGUAUUGGAACACUUAUGUAAUAGGCAGAUACUAAAUUAUUCAUAAUUAUAUCAAUAGGCUAAAAAUUAAAAAGUUUUUCUGUGCAUCUGUGAUGGGAAAAUUUUAUUCUAGAAAACUAAGUAUUACCGAGCUGAGGGUCGCACGUACUAGUUUCUCGCCGUUGUGGAAGAUACUGCUAACAAAUACUCAAUAGUAUGUCUUUUGCUAACGAACGAGGAAUGAAGUCUUAUGGUACUAUAUUCAGGGACCCGAGGUUCAAUGUGACUUUAAAAGUUGAACUUUUCAGUCUUUUCGCGCAAAGGGUUGUGUAUUAUUUUUAUGUAGUACAAAUGUGUUCGCAAUUUGAUUGCUGCUGUAGUGUUCCUUAUGUUCUUAUUCAAAUUUGUUGGAUAUUUUUUGGAAAGAUAAAUAAUAGUAUUUUCUCAAUGUCUAAAUUGUAAUUGUAAUGGUCUUAAAAUACGAGGCAUGCGUAAUCUUUGUCAUAGUUUUGUAUGAUCGGCUGCCUUAAUAGUAAUACGUGUAUCAAUCUGUAACCAUCCUCUACGUAAGUUCCGUAGGCGAUUCUAUGUAGCUGCGGAGUCGCCUGUGAUCCGUCACGUACCAAAUAAUAGAGUAGCGGGGUUAAGCGUCACGGUGGGCCAGGGAAUACGACCGAUGUAAUUUCCAUAGAAAAAAUACGCGCACCAAACGCAAUUGAUUUGAAUUCUCGAGACUUCAAAAGUUAACGAUAUCAAAUAUCAUCUAUCACCAGUGGGCGUAUUUUUUCUUUGGAAAUUACAACCGGCUGUUUUGACAGCAGCGAGUGUUGGUCCUGCGAGCCGGAUCGCUGGCAACCGCGGCGCCGUCGCAGCGGUUCAAGUUCUUUAUCUAUUACCUCAUUCAUUAACCUCACAUAGUGUCUCCUAUAUAUCAGACUAUUUCUCUGUACUUAUCACGCGCACUGCACUGUUAUUUGGUACACAUAAAAUUUUCUUAAGUUAAUUUAAGGUAUUUAUCGUGAAUUUUAACAGUGUAUCAAAUAGUCCAUAUAUUUUCCUGUUAUUUUUCUGAGACUAAAAGCAAUGUAUUUUACAAACAAAACAGGAGAACAAUAAUUAUUAUGUAAGUGUAACAGUUAGUGAAUUUAAGUGUGCUAUUUUUCAUUCCAGAACUCAACGAUAUCAAUGUUCUUGUAAUACUUAUGUUCGGGUUUAAAAAGAUGUUAUUAUAAUUGUAUAAUUAAACUAAACCUUAUGUGAUUGAAAUGCAAUGUUUAGAAGUAUUUUAUUCUUUAUUUUUUACCAUUAAUUAAUAAAUAGUUAGUAGAGAUCUAUUUGAGAGUCUAAUGUAUCAAUUAUUUGUAAAGUUGGCUGUAACUAAUUAGAAGUUACAAUAAGUAGACAUAUUUUAAUAUAAAACAUUUGGAGCAAAUUUUAUGUAGAUGACAAAUAGUUGUUUUGAUCAUUAUGUGAAGUGUUGUAUCGUAUUGUAUCGUAUCGUAUCGUUAGCGCAAUGUGUACGCACAACGGUGAGGCGGGCCUCGGCGCGGGCCGCAGCGGGCGCCGGGGCUGGUAGACCCUCGACACUCACUGCACAGCACUGCUAGAAUAAUUCAGUUAUUGCGUAAGGAUAUUUUUCUUACAUCUCGAUAAGAAUAAUGUUUAUAGUAUAGGCAAUAAAUAAUAUUUAACAAAAAGUCCCUAUGUAAUCGAACUGACGACAGAAACGCAUGUUAUAUUUGUGGCCUCUUUAUGAAUAAGAUCUAAGUUACAUGUUAAAGAAAAUUAAUUUUGCUAUGCACAGAAAUGAUACUCAAUUAAUUGCCAAAAAGUUAUAUGUAUAUUCAUAGUUCAACAAUAUUUCUUUUGGGCAUAUUUACUUUGAAUUUAUGCAAAAAUUAGAUUAUGAAUAAGUAGGUUGUAGAAUUAUAUGUAGAGUGGGUUGCAUAUUAUAUCUAUAUAUUUAACGUAAGGUGAAUUUGAGAGCUAUCAAUUUCUUGUAUUGUUCAUAAGUUUAGAUAAUAAAUGGGUUUAGCCAUACUUCGGCUGGUUUGAUAUGUAUGUUAUCUGAUUAAUUGUAAAA